GAGGCUGCAUCUCAUCUGGGAGAUUGCAUAUGAUGGGGACAGGGGCUCUGGUGCUCAGUCUUGCCCUUGCCAUUAGAGCAGCCUGAAAACAGUGGCAAGGCUUUCUCUCAGCACUAUGCGCAUAUAGUUCUGUAUGUCAUUGUCAGAGGUAAUCUCUUCAGGGCACUCAGAGAUUUCUGCCGCUCAUGGUAAUGACAUCAUCAUAGGAUGUACAGUGUUGUGACUUUUUUUAAUGCACCCAGCGCAACUGUCAACUGUGGUUAAACAUUAAGCAAAACAAAGCUUGCCCUGAAUACUUUUUUUUAAGUAUAUCCAAAGGGAAUAUACCAUUCGCUGGAAGCAUAUGUACUGGAUCUCUUAUCCUAAGAAAUAUUUCCUCAGGUUACCCGAAUACUGAUGUUGUGGGCUUGUUUAUGGCUGGUCUCUUGUCUCUCUGCUCCUUGUUUAUUGUCCUCUUUUUGUCCUUUACCUUAUUCAUUUCCUUAUCCUCUCUGUUGUAUUGUCCCACUUCUGGUACCCUUGCUUUUCUCUUUUAUUUAUUGCUGUUCUCAUUUUCUUUACACUCCGUCUACAGAACAGCCUCCGAAUACACUGUCCUUAUGUGAUACUAAUGCUAUGCUAGGCUCUCAUGCUUAACAACAAAGCUUUGCUCUUCUUAUCUCAUCUCAGAGAUGCAGUAUCAGAGAUUCUCUUUCACUUUCUCUCUUUUUCCCUUCAUUUCUUCCCUUCACACACUUCCACAGAAAUGAAUAUUCUCUUUUGUAUGCACCGGCUCAUGCCCUACAGCAGUUUUCAAAGUUGUCUGUGACAAGCCUUGUUGUCAACACACUGAUUAGAAAGUACAUAUGUUGAAGGGGAAUGGAAAUUGAUUUUUAGUUUAAGAUUUAAAAUGGCAAUGGUACUGCAAAAGGAAGACAGACGGUGUCUGUUACGAUUAGAUAGGCAAAAUGAGAAAUGCACCACUACGCUGCUAUAUUAAAACACAUCUGACCUCAGCAAGUACACACUGGUAAGUGAAUAAAAGGGAAAUGUGAUUAACAUCAAACACCUCAAACAUGAUGACAGAUCGUUUCUGCUGCUCCCAAACUUGGACAGGAAUAUCUUUCUCCUUGUCUCCAGUGCCAUAUUAAAGUAUGACCGUGGAUCUCUCUAUUCUUCCCCCCCCACCUACAGGACCGCACUUGUUAAAGCACUUUACUGUCCAAUGCCAUCUGCUGAUUGGACCGCAGAUAACCCAUUGAUUUUCUUCCAUUCAAUUACUUCCUUCAGGCUAGGAGAUAACUCAGUAAGGGCUGGUCUUGGGGCUUUUAAGAGGUCACUUUGAAUUAGAGUUCCUGUGGCCCUGCCAAAACGCUAUCAGCCUGAUUAGGGUUUAAGCGUUUCCCUCCUGCGUUCAAUUCCCUCCACCUCCGUGCACCGCAUAUCGAUGCUGGCCAACGGUGGGGGAUAAUUGUUUAAAGAAUUGGAUUUAAAUUUGCCAGAAUUGCAAUGGAGGAGAUGGAGAGAGGCAGUUUACUGUCAUGCUAAUUUUGAGUGCACUUUGAAGGGAAACCACCUAGUUGCAGUGUUGGAGAGGAGGUAGGAUGUUGUGGGCGAUGGAAGGGUUCCUUUCAGUCUGGUGCAUCUGCCCCUGCUGGGGUGGAGGCCUCUGAAUGGAUGGUGGGGUGUCCUCAGUCUGUGUGUCUCAGUUGCACCCGUGCAGCUCUGUGCUUGUCUCAGUUUCCUCUCAGUUUGUGCUGGGUAACUUGGCCAUUGAGAUCUGACCCUUGAGAGUUGUUGCACAGUCCUUUCCUGGCCCUAAUAUUUACAUUACCUUACAAUGUAAUGUCUUUAUAGCCUUGUGCACUGAGGUAAAAACACCUCAGUGGACAAAUAGGAGACAUCCAGCAAGGUUCCUGUCUGAUAUGCUGCUAUACUCCUCCAUUUCUGACACUUUCAGCCCACCCAAAUCUUUUGUAUCCUUCAACCCAUGUAACAUAGAACUGAACUGUACUCCUAUCCCUGUUACCGCCUUUCUGCGCCCUGCUGUAUGACUGUAAUAACAGCACGAUCACUUGAUUCUGACAUCACCAUACCCCGUUUCACAUUGCUCUACUACUGCCUGUCCUCCAUAUAGGUUUCGCUCACACACAUAAGUAUUCAGCUGUGUGGUUUAGCGCACCUGACUCUAGAACAGUUUGUCUACAAUUGCUGGGCACUAAAUUAAGUCAAUUUGUUUGAGUUGGCUGCGUCCUUUUAUUUAGAAAAACAUGAUAAACAUUGACCCGCUGGGAUUUUCAUUGCGGUUGGUCUGCUGAGUUACAUUACAGAAUGCAACCCUGGCACCCAGCUAGUAGAAGGAAGGAGAAGGCACUUAAGAUGGAAUGGUAACCAGAUUCAGAGAAUUGGAGUAGAUCCCUCGCUUCAACAUGGAAUUAUGAAGUCACCAUUGUAGGGAGACUAGAGGUUUUAUUAAAAUUUAUUGUUUACAUGUUUUAUUUAUUUAAACACAAUCAGAAGAGAUUGAGAAGUCGGCUUUAUUUGCUCCGUUUUAACCCACCAGAUUUGUUAUCAUGGCGAUAAUUUGACGUUGUAUACAAAUGGAAAUAUACGUGCCAGGUUUGUAAAUUAGAUCUAGUUUGUAUUUUUCCGUUCCUAUCAGUGUAGGUAAACAUACAUUGCUCAGAUAUGAAUGUGUAUGUGAAUGUGUACAUGCAUAAGCUUGCUGUAAGUCCCAUAAAGGACAGUGAAGGAAUUGUACAUGAUGAACAGUUUUGAAGCAUUCUGAAGAAUUUAAUAUCCCUUAAAAAGUCUAGGUAUGCCUUGUUGAGGAAGAGUGACUUCCAUAAAUGUUUUCUUUGUGCAAGUCUGACUGGCAUGACCUGUCAUAUAAGCCUGGUAUGAUCUCUUAUACACAUGCAGUCACCCCCAUCUACAAUACCCCAACAUUGAUCUGUCCACAAAAUUACAAAGGUUUUAAGUGUGCAUGUGUCAUAUAGCCAGGAGGACUCGAUGACUCUGCAAGAGGACUUACAAAUGACAUCAUGUCCGUGACAAAGCGCAGAAGAUUGAGAAACAACUAACUGCCUUGCGGGAAAGAAAUUGAAAUUAAGGUCUGAGGAAGCUGAAACAGAAGUCAUUGGAAAGGCAUUCAUAAAAUUAAGUGAAGGGAUUGGCAGAAAUCUAUCAGCAAUGGUCUGAAGGCCAGUACCAGGGUGCCGGGGAGAAUUCUUAAUUUGGAGAGGAGCAAAUUAAAUUUCCUGGUGGUCCCAGUGAGGUUUCAAGGCCAGGGUGUGUCAGGUUAGGUAACAUCACAACUGCCUCUCACAGUCCUGUCCUGCCCCCCUGUGUUUCAGCCUGUUUUUGCACCUUAUCACGCAAAAGAUAAUUUACAAGUGUUGGUGAAAAGAAGCAGGUGCGUGACCUGGCCACCAAACCAAACAGAAAUUGUUCAAGAACCAUUUGACAUUUUAAGGGAACGUCAAGUCUAUUUCUCUUCCAUGGCGAUAAAAAGGUAACCUCACUAUCUAUGUGAUUUAUCUGAUUUAUCUGUGUAGACACACACUCAGGGGUGGUACUGUCCAUUGUGCCACCACUAUAUGUGUAUUAGCCUCUCUGGGAUUGGAUAUCGGGGUUUGCGGGGAAUCCCAUUUUCUUCCUCAGCCAAUGAUAGUGUUUCCCGUGGGUUCUCGGUUGUCUUUUCAAAUCAAGGCAAGGUUGAUUGUGGGCUAAAUCUUUCUGAAGGUCGACCUGUAUUGUCAAUCAAUGUCUUACCCUACAGCUGCUGUAGCUACAUGCUCUUUUUUUCUUUCCCCUGUGCACUUCAAGUGGUCACUAGGAUGAGCCUAAGCAAUGAAGAAACUGCACUCUUGUGCAUUAAUUAACUAUUGGUAGGAGAGGGGGAGGAGUUGCAAUGGACAAGUUGCUUGCAUGUGGAUGUAUAUAGGGUUGAUUCUCAUAGCAUGGAAGGUGCUUAACCCCACACUUACUGGUAUUAUAAUAACGCUGGAGGAGAUAAAGGGGUGGGGGAGGUGUGGGAGGUAUCGUGUGCAAUUGGCAGGAGGACUGAUGGGUAAUGAGGAUGUCUCCCAUGAGGGAAUACAGCAGUAAUGGCAUCCCUCUGUGGUCCUACACAAUGCAGUGAGAAUAAAAUCUAUUAUGGGUGGAGGGUGAUAAAACCGGAAGUGGGGGUGGUGUCGCCUGGAAAUGGGUGGGGUUAAACAUGGAAGCUGUAUUAUAACCCAAAAAUCCCAGAUUUUUACCAUUAUAGUCACUGACACUGCUAUUGAUGAGAUGUUAAAACAUGAAAGUCAUGGUUUUACAAUUACACCAACAACAAUUCAGUUUAAUUUAAUAAAAACAGCUAAUUUGCUUUUUAAAGCUGUAUUUAACAAACAAUGACCUAUAUGCUAAAUAGUCAUAACAAGCUUUUAUAACACUGAGGUAAACAAAUAGUGAAAUCAAGUUUCAAACAUGGACAGCAUGUUUUUAUAAAUCUAAACAUAGUUACUCAUCCUUACUCUGAGCUGCAUAGUACAAAUUGCAUGAACCCCACCACCACCCCUACCUGAGGAGCACUGAAGUCAGUUAUAAACUGCUAAAAAUAAUUUUAUAAUAAAAAAAUAUUCUUAUGAAAUCUUCAUUAUGAACUAUUACAUGCAAUGAACCCCAAAUAAAAUAAAAAACAACAGAAUGUGAGGCUAAAAUGUUUUGAUUUUUUUUUGUUUUGUUUGAUAACACUUUUUCUUUCCUCUUUGUUGAUGCCUCACUUUACCAGUGUGUUUGAUUUGCAUUAGCUUAAGUAAAUUAAAGAAAAAACCGUAAUGCUUCCCAAGGUGGAAUACAUCUUAAGCUAUUACGCUUUACUCAAGCCACCCCAAGUUGUAUUUUUGCACAUGAGCUGGGAGCAGUCUAGAGCGAUGGGGAGACACAUUAUUACUGGCCAUACUGAAAAGUUGCCUGAAACACCCGUCGGGGGGCAGGUCGGAUAUUUGAGAGCCUCCUGAGCCAGUGCUGGGUGCACCAUUAGCCAACAACCUGUGUCUGUAAUGUUUGAACUCUUGAAAGGCUGCAUUUUUAUAGCGUAGGCAUAAUACCGCUAUGCUGAUGCCCAGCGGCGUCAGCUGUAUCCAGCUUAAUAGGAUUGAUUUCUGUACCGGCAACAACCUAAUUUCAUAAAGAAUACAUAAUCAUAUGUUGCAAAACUAUUUUCUUGAAAUAAAGGAGACGACUGAAUCAAUUUCAGCAUUUACAUUUUUAAAUUAUAGCUGUUUUGUUAGUUCAGCUAAGGGAAAAUGUAUCAGGACAUGGACUAUUACAGGAACACAGAGAAAAGCGCUAAAUGUGUAUCAUAAAACACAAAAUGGAAUAGAAGUUACAAGUACAAAGUGUAAUAUUUUGCUAUAAGUGCAAUAAGUCAUUCAGCGCAUUUCUUUCUCCCUUCUCCUGGAAGUGUACUUCUACAUAGUCACGCACAGUCGCUCUCCUCUUAUCAAUUUCACAGAGAACGCGCAGCUUCGGUGAUUUGCUUGGAGCACACGCACACAAAUCAGUUAUAUAUUUCACGCAGUUGUUGUGUAGCUAAAAUGUUUAGUUUAUUCAAAGUCUCAGUUUUAAUGAAAAUGAAAUGAAAACCCCAAAAUAUAUAUAUAAAUGUUGUUCUAAGCCUAUCAUUUCUAUAACUACAGUGUCCACGAUUAUUCAUCCCCACCCUAAAGGCUUUAUCAACCUCACCACAAUUGCAGUGAAUGAAUUUUCAGUGAUUACAGGUAUAUGUGCGAAAUUAGUUUCGAUAGAGCUUUAUUGGGAAAUUCGUGACAACGCACCAGUCAUUCAAUUGUUGAAUAGCGUGCCGGGGUAGACAGCGACAUGUUUGCUGUCUACUCUACUGGGUAAAUUUUUAAAACACAGUCAGGUUAUUGUAAGCCCAAAUAUUUAGGAAAGUCGUGGAAGGAGGAUAUAGCAUUUAAGGCAUUGGAGCCAUUUUAAUUUUAAAGUCUCCAAAGCCCCUUGGCGUUGCUCUGGCCUAUCUAGUGUUAAGGGAAACUGCCACUCACUGUCUCUCUGCAGGUGUGUGUGUGUGUGUGUGUGUGUCUAAUUGAGAAACCUGGUGCUGACUUCUGAGCGAAUGGCAUGAAAGAGGUGGGAAGAAAAGAUCCGAAGACUAAUAAUAUUGGCCAAAUUCAGGAGGAGAGAACCUUCGGAGAGAAUGUAUUAUUCAAAUGUUGCCGAAUAGCUAUGGUAUUUGUAUUGGGCACCAUCCCUAGAAUCUAUGCAUGGCCCAGGGCGCCUGGACUGAAGACACAAGCAAGAACAGAUCGGAGUCCUGGAGCAAUCCCUGCAAUCUGUGAUCUUUUACUAUUUAUGGACAAUAGCUCCUCUUGUUCUGUUUGUCUCUCGCUUUUCCCUUACCAGUCCACUGUCCUUUCUUAGUCAUUUCCAUUAUAUCUUGCACUCUUUCCUCAUGUCCCUCAGUGAGUCCGAUGUGGCAGAUGUGACUCUUUAAACAAUCAAUUACAAUUUAGCUUGCAUUGCUUCCAUCACACUCUUACAUUACAAUCAAUCAAGUAUGGAACAACUUUAAAGGGACAGUUCACCCAAAAAUGAAAGAAAGCUGUUUCCACUUACCUGGAGUCCCAUCUAUCCAUCCAUAUAGCAUUGAUUUGACAAAUGUUUUAGUUAUCUGCUGCAGCUCAGCCUGAUGCAACAGACUUCAGUGGGACUAAGUUUUUGUGGCACUGAAAACACCAAAAAUGUAUAUUUGAAUACCUCAACAGUGACGUCUUUUUCAAAAUAUAGUGACAUAGUUACUCACAAACAUCCACAGACCUUGUUGUGCAGUUUCAUCAAACGCUGCUUUCUACUGAAACACGCCAACUGUGUAUAUCCAUGCAAAGUCUCAACCAAAGCAUGCCAUUAUUCUGGGGCACAGUGUCAACCUUGUUAAAACAAUGUUAAAACAAGACGUGUAGCUGUCGUACCUGUAAUGUAACAGGGUUUGGCAAGGUCAGGACCAAGUUGCCAUGACUUGGCCACCCUGGAGUCCCAACAGGCAGAAAAAUGAUUCACUGCCUGAAAAGACAUCUCUCUUAGGGGAUAACUUUGCAGGGAAAGGCCAUUCCUUCAUUCCCUCAUAUGCUUAGAUGAAUGUUUUAAGUUCUAAAUCUAGCUCUAUUGUGAAACACGCCUUUGCAGAGACUUGACAAAGAAAAACAAAAGUGGACUUUAUUGUCCUUGGUCAGAGAAUGAAUGAAUUCUCCAGAGAUUAAAAUAGAGGAACUUAAAAACCACCCCUCAGCGAAAAAUGUACAAGACUCCAUUUCCCGUCUCUUUUUUCAAUCUCAGUUGGACUGGGAUGGAAGACAGACUGGUGAAAUGGAGGCGGCUCAAAUGUAUGGCCUUUGGGGAGUGUGCUCACAGACCAUCUGAGUCUUACUGCAUUGUUUUCGCAUCCUGUUUUCAACUUUGUUUCCUUUCUCUUUGCGUUUUUUUCACUUCAUAUUUUUGAACAACAAAAUAAAAAAUAAAAAUAGAGCGUAAUCCUGUACUUACAUCUGCCCUGGUGUGGGCAAAAAAGGGCAAUUUCUCAGCUAGAUUCUUGUAGUCUCCUCUCCAUCCAUCCAUGCAGUUACUUCAUUGGCUAUAUCAUUAGGUCAGCAGGUUUCACCCUACAAGCAUAACUUUUUAAUGUGUAAGGAGACACUGGACAGCUUUCCCUUUCUCGGCUCAGUUUAUUGGUGAGAGUGAGAUGUAUAAAAUCUUGUUUGACUAUGUUUUGCCAUUUAAGUAGACAUUCCUCAUACAGUGCAAUAUUACACAGCCAUUAUACAGGGCAACUCAGGGUCUAAUGUCUAUUCUGCCCUGUAGCUUGUAGCGGUGGCAAAGGAUCAUGUUCAAAUAUAUAUUUUGAGGAUUGGUGCUAUAAUUUGAAGUUAUUAGUUGUCCAAGUUUUAAAUUGGUUUUGAAAAGUGUCUCAGUUUGCUAAUCAUUAUAAAGACAGAUCCCUGUGUGUUGAAUUUUCCCCAUGUGCAAGCUUUUGUUUGCAUGAAGGAGAACAAAGUUGCAUAGUCAAAAAGUUUUAAAUCACUCUCUAGGCUUCACUCUUGGCUUAGCACCCCAGAACAUGGGGUGUGGUUGUACUUAUUUACAUUAGCAUUUUUCAUUACGCUAUCUUAAUUAUAAAUGUCUUACGGUUGUGGAAUUAUGAUCUGUCUCACGAGGGCACUAAGUAAAAUAUAAGCUACAUAGAAAAAUUUGUUUUGUGCCAAGAGUUAUUCGUGGACGUUAUUUGGCGAAAUAGCCAAUGUGUGGCGAUGCAUUCUUAUAAAUUAGUGACAAGACCUGACUGUAGCCUACGGAGUUUUCACAGUCGGUGAUCUGUGCGCAUUGUCGCUCGUAACGCGCGUUCUGUGAGCUUCGGACAGCGAAUGGAAUGGGUGUCAGUAUCGAGAGUGAACGGGUACACGUGAGCAUCCCUUGAAGACAAACUGUUAGAAAGUGAAUUACUGUGCGUAGCCAACAACACGGAUAUAGUAAGGUUAUUAAUUUAAAGACAUUCUCUGUCAAAUUUAAGGUAUUUUGGUCGAAUUUUCGUGGAUCGCUACUGAUUCAACAACUUUAAUGUUAUGUUUUUGAGGAUGGAGAGUUUUGGGAGAUGGGUGGCAGAGGAAAGAAUUCGGCGUACGGACCAGACCGCUGCUUAACAAAAGCGGACCGUAGGCACAUCCCCGCUUAAGUGACCGUCAGAAGUGGGGAAGAAGCGGGAAAAGACGGGAAGCGGACAGAGUCUAUGAGCCGGUGCGUGAGGGACACUCCCUGCCCCGCUGUUGAGUGACACCAUGAGCUGGAGCUUCCUCACUCGUCUGCUGGAGGAGAUCCACAACCACUCCACCUUCGUGGGGAAACUGUGGCUGACCGUGCUGAUCGUCUUCCGCAUCGUUCUCACCGCCGUCGGAGGGGAGUCCAUCUACUACGACGAACAGAGCAAGUUCGUCUGCAACUCAGGCCAGCCGGGCUGUGAGAACGUCUGCUACGAUGCCUUCGCCCCCCUCUCGCACGUGCGCUUCUGGGUCUUCCAGAUCAUUCUGGUGGCCACGCCCUCGCUCAUGUACCUCGGCUACGCCGUCAACAAGAUCGCCCGGCUGGAGGAGGGAAAGUCCGGCGGGGCCGGGGCCCUGGCCCACCGGAAGCCGCGGAAGAUGUUCUUUGGUGGGCGACGGCAGCACCGGGGGAUCGAGGAGGCCGAGGACGACCAGGAGGAGGACCCGAUGAUCUACGAGGUGCCCGAGAUGGAGAGCCGCAGCGAGGCUACGCCUCAGGGGAAGCCCAAGGCCAGGCACGACGGGCGGCAGCGAAUCAGGGAGGACGGGCUGAUGCGCAUCUACGUGCUGCAGCUGCUGACUCGCACGCUGCUGGAGGUGGGCUUCCUGGCGGGCCAGUACGCCUUGUACGGGUUCGCCGUUCCGCCAGUCUUUGUGUGCUCAGGAAAGCCCUGCCCACACAGUGUCGACUGCUUUGUGUCGCGGCCCACCGAGAAGACCAUCUUCCUGCGCAUCAUGUACGGGGUGACGGUCCUCUGCCUGGCGCUCAACAUAUGGGAGAUGCUGCACCUGGGCGUGGGCACCAUCUGCGACAUCCUGCGCACCCGCCGCGGUCCGCCAGAGGAAGACGUGUACCACCUGGGCUCCAUGGGUCCCGGGGUCGCUAGCAGGGCUCCUGUGGUACCGGUUGGCGAAUCCGGGGAGGUGGGAGGGUACGGCAGUUACCCCUUCUCCUGGAACACCCCCUCCGCCCCGCCCGGCUACAACAUCGUGGUGAAGCCCGACCAGAUCCAGUUCACGGACCUGAGCAACGCCAAGAUAGCCUGCAAGCAGAACAAAGCCAACAUAGCCCAGGAGGAGCAGCAGCAGUUUGGCAGCAACGAGGACAACUUCCCCCUGGAGGAGGUGCGCGGGAGCCUGCAGAAAGAGAUCCGGCAGGCCCAGGACAGGCUGGAGGCCGCCAUCCAGGCCUACAGCCACCAGCACCAGAACAACAACCACAGCAACAUCAGCCAGCCUCAGCGGGACCGCAAGCACCGCUCUGGCUCCAAGCACGGCGCCAAUAAGGCAGGCGGAGGCAGCAGCAGCAACAGCAGCAGCAAGUCCGUGGAGGGCAAGCCUUCCGUGUGGAUCUAAGCGUGCUGCCUCCUCUCCCACAGGGUCCGCUGCCCACACCUCAUACCGGCUUCAUGCCGUCGGAUUCCCUUUCCUCAUUGUACCUGACUGCAGGUCUGUGACCUGACUCCAGCAGACGCUUACUUGCACAUAACGUCACUGGCGACCAGGGCUGGCUCUAUGAACCACAGAUGUAUCUGUCUCUGUCGUCCUCCACUAGUUCAGUUUCCAUAUAACACAGUCUGAUCGUUUACGCUUUCUCAAGGUACUUCUAAAAAAGACCAACCACAUACUUGAAUCUAGGGCUGGCGAGUACUAGUUAACUGUUUAAAAAUUCUAAGAAUGUAUUUUAAAGAGCACUCGCAAAUGCAAUUUGUUUAAUAUUUUUGAUAAUUCAGUGAUGACCAUUCUGGUUUAUAAAAAGAAUAUGCGUUUUGAAUUUAGGGGUCUUUUGUUCUUAAAAGGAAUACCUUUUUGAGAGAGGCAUUGAAAGAGAAUUCAUUCGUUCAUUAACUACAUUGUCACUGCCCUUCAUCGCUGAAAAGUUUUCUUUCCACAUAUGACAAAGAAGCGAAUGACCAAGAGCAGCUGACAACAUGCAGUACACUGAACUCGCAGCUCACAUUAGAGACAAAACAGCAGAGUUCACUAACACACAGGAACACAUAAUAUACAACAGAACAACGUCUGACAAACAAAACCCUCUAGACAUAACACAGCACACAAUACACCAUAAUAUGUUACAAACUCAGUAUGACAGUAUUAAUCAUCCACAAUGAAACACUCCUUAGACAGUAUGGCAGAUAUGGCGUACAUAAUAAACAGAAUUUAGGCAUGCAUGGACCCAUGGAAGCCAGCGGAACUGUGACAGUCCCAGACUACAUCACAUAGGCCGGUUGCGUGCCAGUCAUCUUUAACUGACACAAGUGCCAAACCUCUUCUCACGUCAGUUUUCUGGACGAGGCCUCCAUUUUUUUUUUUGAGGAAAACAUCAGGCUCUGAUUUAUGGACUUUUAAAAUAAUUUUGUAUUGUACAUUUGAUAUUGUGACUGAUAAUAAGUGGCCGAAAAAGAGAAGGAAAAGACAACCUGUUGCAUGCUGGGAUAUGCAGUGUUACUGUCUGUUUAGGUGCUGUCCGUGCUGUUGCUUUGGAAGAGAAGGAGACUUUGAUGCUGUAUUUCUGCAAAGUGCCUUAAUGGUCCCACUAGCUGGAGGUGGAUGUGGAGCUUGGAGCCUUCAUUUGUAGCAGCAUGCCUCCAAAGUGUCCAGGCCCACAACCCCGACCUCUUUAUACCUGUACAAAAAGCCACUGUUCCUGUGGUAAAGGUUAUCAGCAGGAAUGUUGUCUCGGGAUUGAUGCCAUGCACUAUAUCAAGGUAAAUUCUGCCUAUAGUUUCAUUUAUUUGGGAAGUUCUGGUCAGAGUCCAACAACCUGUCCAGUCUUCCCGAAAAGCAAAAACCUGUAAUUGUAUUACAUAGGUCAUUUACCAGGGGGUUGUCACAAGCCCAAGGCUCUGAAGUUGUCAUAAACAGCCUACUGACUGACGGCAAAAACACAGAAACCCUUCUCCCUCAUAUAACACGGUAUUGCCAUUCAUUUAUGAAUAAACAAGACUAAUAUGUUUUCCUCAGGGAUAAUUUGUUGUGGGAGUUAAAUUUCAAAACUUUAAAUUGAACUCCUUUCCUCCUCAUGCCCAGAGAAAGCCAUAGCUUUCCAGUUCCCUUACUUCUGUUAUCACACAGGGUUCUGUCUCUGGCUUUGGGAGGUCCUCUGGUGGCCAGUGAUGUAAAGGCAGGUACUAAAUGAGUAAAUGCUUUAUAUUAGCGGAGGCAUUCCAUAUUACUGCCGAGGAUAUGCCAGUGUGCAUGAUCACAAAAAAAUAAAUAAAUCCUGAUAUAUAUUUUUUUUCCAAACGGCAUGGAUAUUUCUACCACUCUGAAGUUACCACUGGACAAUCUUGGGGAAAUAUCUCUGACGGAGGCCUCUGUGAGAGGUUCCGGGAUGCAGAUUAUUACCCAUUCCAUUACCAUUCUGAAGCUGGAUAUUCAUGAAGGGGAACUACUUUGGGUAGCCAUUGAACAAGCUAUUGAAUCCGACUGCUUUAGUCAAAGCCCCGGUCACUGACAUCAGUAGCAAAUAUAAGUCACUGAAGUCACACGUGGCACAGAUGUUAUUGUAGCACUUACAGUAUAGUUCUCCCUCAGUACCUCAACAACUUGAUAAACUGCGUCAACUGUGCAAUAACCAGUAUCUGAAUGCAAAUACCUAUGCUAUACAGUACUGAACAGCUAAUAUCCAGUGCUAGCUCUCUGUAUAGAUUGUAUCUUCUGGUUUUGACAGCAUCUCUGCAUAAUCCUGCUUCCUGUCUGGUUUUUCUUCCAGAAAACCUCCUUGUGAUAUCUGAAGUUUGUACCUUGGUAUAUGCUAAACAUGUUUGAUUAUAUGUGCACUAUAUGAGUGCUCUUUUUGUUAAUAUUGUACAAAAUGUGUUAAAAUGAGGGUAUUUACAAGAGCCUUUGGCCACCGAAAGACCAGACACUGUUUUAAGCAUUAUAAUUGCUAUGCCAAGGGGACAUGUUUUUCAGCAUGGUUGAUUAGGCUAGUUGUUUUUGAGUGAGGAAUAUUGCAGCCAUACUAUUAUUCUACAGUCUGAAAGGUCAUAAGAAAAUACAUUUAUGACUAGUUCUUUAUAUUUUCAUAAUGUGUGUAUAAUGUUAUUUUGUUUUCUAUGUUGUAAGUCAUAGAUUUUAAGAUUUUGGAAUGAGAUGAAAAUUAAGUGGCACUUGUUGAGAGCUAUCACAUUCAAACUUUUUCUUUGAAAUGUUGGACAAAUCUAAAAUCGGACAAGUAAGAAAGGGAACUAAAACAUAUCACACAUGUCAGUUUUCGUGGAGGUGUUCUCCAAACUUUUUUAAAAUUCAAAUUGUAAAUUGGUAUUGUUUUAUAGAGGUUCACUGAAUUAAUGUUAGUUUUCAAUAAAAAUACAUUUCCCAGAAUGCUUUGGGUUUGGUUGCCAGGCAGGCUCAGAAAGGGGCUACAAGAAACAUAAAGGAACAAUAAGGAGCAGGAUAUCUUUAAGAAGGUGUGGACAAGGAUGUUGUUUUCCAGUAGCAUUGGGAUCAGCCCAAUGAACAAAUUAAAAGAGCAAAUCAAAGGCAGCAGAUUCUGCAGCUGUUUGGAUCCUGGGCUGCAGAAGCAUACUAGAGUGUACACUGUGUUACUGUGAUUUACCUCAAUGUCCAACCCCACAACGAUAGUUUUUAUAAGAAAGCAAACUGAACUUUUUUAUUUGAAUUUAAGCCAGAAACUGGACUGCUAUGAAUGGCCAGUGGGCUCCGAAGUGGCGUUGUGAGUUACUGGGCACCAUGUUUCACCAACUAUUACUGGGAGACUGCUGUGGCUGGACAAAAUUGACUUCAGGUGUAGAGAGGGUUUAAAUCUUGUUUCCUAGGUUACCUCUGCAACAAUGCACCAGGCACCUGCAGACUACCAAUUGUUGUUUGUAAGAGAUAUGCUUGAUUGACACUUGUACUGUGUGGCGUGUAAUAAGGCUUAUAAUAACUGGCUUGCAGGCAAGUGUGUUGGCAGAGGUUUACAUGCUUGAAUGGCUGAGCUCCUUGUGUCGAUACAGUUUCCACAGUAGUGUCUUGAGGCAGAACUGAGAAGUGAAAAGGGAGGGUGGGGGCAGGGGUUAUGAGAGGAAAGUAUACACAUUGUUGUGCUUCUGUUUUUGGGUUUCAGUAGUGGCAGUGAUGAGCCUGUUGCUGUGAAUGGUGAGGUGCGCCUGCUUUGUAUCUGUAGCUGGGGUUCAUCAGGGCUCAGUUUUAGGCUGUGUGUGUUUCUGUGUGCAUAGAGGGAAAAUGGCCAUCUUAGGGUCACUUCAGUAUCGAGAGCACAUCCCAGUGUAACCUAAUUUCCUGGAUAAUAAAAUACUUAAUUUGUCCAUUUUGUUCUUUAAAUCUUAUUUUCACGUAUCAAAAUAAUAGCUUGGUAAAUUGCAGUAGUUGGCCCAUGUGCGUGAAUUUCAGUGAAUACAAAUCCACUUUUGAGUUCCACUGAGUUAUUGUAACUUCUGUUGUUGAGUCUUUAUGGACAUGCAAGGCUUUAUCACAUUCUUUUUCUGUUAAAUGUCAGCCUCAAGUACUGUAAACUCAGUGGCAAAAGUAAUUGUUUGUAGUCAUAUCGGCUAAACAGAAGUUCCCUCUGUGGUAUCUAAGACCCACAUAUCCUUUUAGCAGAGUAACAAGAUCUGUUUAUGUUUUGCCAAAGCAUUGUUUUAGGUGGAAAGAAAAUAUCAGUUUGAGAGCACUGUUCAGGUCCACCCUGGGCCACAGAUCCUAACCAGCCUGCCUAUGUCAUGUUUUGUGAAAAGAGUUUAUGUUUCUUUGACAUUUUGUUGAAAAUUGAAAUUUGAAAUUUGCAAGCUGGAAAUCUCAGCACUGUACAAAUAGUUCCAUUUUGGGAAACCAUUUUGUAUGAAAAAAAGUAUUCCAAAUGCAUGUUCAGAACUAUUUUGCUAAGAAAAAAAUAAAUACAUUACUCAAAUAUAAAUAA